UUGCUGAUUCAAGCGUUCGAGAAGCCUCUGGUUGCGCUCUACCAUUCAUGCGCGUCGAAUGGGAGGCUCAGUGAACUGAAAGAUAAGUUAUUUCGUGCUGCUCAGGCAUCUCGAAGGGAAAAUGUUGCUAUGAACGAAAUGAUUGAAGAGACUCAUGCUAUGUUGGAAUUUGGCUUAACUCGUGAACAUCUUCAGAGUUUACCAAGAAAAGAAAAUUUUCCAAAGAAAGCUAUGUAUAACGUAAAAGAUGUUUAUCACAAGGCAUUACAGAUACAUGGCAGUGAACGUAGUUUGAAGCAGCGAAUGAAGUUAUAUCAGAAAUAUUUGUACCAAAAUCAAUUAUAUGAUGACCGAAAAGAAAAAAAAGAGCAAUCAAGUUUUCUCAGUGAAGUGAUUAGUUUCGGAUCAAAAUUUUUUCAGUGUCAGAUUUUUAACAGGUUUCAGGAUGCCAAGAAUGCUGUAACAAUUGCUCUGACUACAAAUUUUCUUGAUGUUUGUUUCAAAUUAUAUGGUGCACUUGUUACUGGAUCAAAAAGUUUAGCUGCGGAAGCAUUGCAUAGUUCCCUUGAUUUAACGAAUCAGAUUGUACUGAUGUAUGGCAUACGGUGGUCAAAGCUAAAUCCAACACCAGCUUAUCCAUAUGGUUAUGGCAAUGCGCGAUAUAUUGCUUCUUUAAUAAGUGGUUGUUGGCUUUUUGGUUUCGGAGGUGGAAUUUCUCUGUACCAUGGUGUCACUGGUCUACUUCAUCCUCACGCAAUUGAAUCUCCAACAUGGGCUAAGCUGAUCUUUACAGCCGUAAUCACUUUGGCAAUGUCUUUCCUUUUACAAGGGUCAUCAGCAUCAUAUGCUUGGAGAAAAGUACGACGAAAAGCAAAACAAGCCCGGAUGUCACUCUUUGACUACGGCAAUCUUUUAAAUUAUGUCCAUUUUAACAGAAAUUUACUUUCAGUAAGGACAAGUGGUGAUCCAACUUUAAGUGUUGUAUGUCUUGAAGAUUCUGCUUCAAUCCUUGGAAUUUGUAUUGCUGCAGUUUCGAUAUCAUUGAGUUGCUUAGUCGAGAACAGUGUUUUUGAUUCCAUCGGUUCAAUUUUGAUUGGUACAUUGUUAGGUAGUGUGGCUGCGUUUAUCAUUCGUAAUAAUGCUAUGCACUUGGCAGGAAGGUCAGUUCCGCAAGCGGUAAUCAACGAUAUUGUAGCACGAUUAAGGCAGGAUAGUGUGAUUAAAUCAGUGCAUGAUGUAAAGGCUGUUGGACAUGGAGUGGAUCACGUACGUUUUAAAGCAGAAGUAGAGUAUGAUGGGCGAGUCAUAACUAAUUUGUAUCUUUCGGAAUCAUGUCACAUUCCUUCUGUAGUCGAAGAAGCUAAGAAAAUCAAGGAUGAAGAGAGCCUAAGACGAUUUAUGUUGCAUCACGGUGAGCAUAUCGUAGAUCGUAUUGCUGACGAAGUCGAUCGAAUCGAGGAAGUUAUUACUAAAAAACAUCCAGAUGUCAAGCAUGUCGAUCUGGAACCCCUGUAA